CCAAAUAAUGUUAGGCUUAAAAGAAACCAUUUCAUGAGCUCCGUAUGAAGAAAGCCAGGGCAUUCCUCAAAACCCUCUUCAACCUCCGCAACACUACUUCUACUCCCUCGCAGGCGAAGAUGGAUUCGUCAGAGCGUUACUGCUACAACCCGGUGUUGCAUUGGAAUCCUCAGGUUGAAGACUACUUUGUCAAGGCAUACGGCGCGGAGCAUUUUACUCGCAUCUCCAAGGCUCUUACGCGUCCAUCAUGCUACUCUUGCAUACGCGUGAAUACACUCAAAACAACAAGUGAUGCUGUUAGUGAGAAGUUAGAGAAAAUCUUACAAAACUCAGGGCCUGAAAAUGCUGCAGAUGGAACUAAUUUAACCAAAAUGGAUACAGAUGGUCUUAUCUCUAAGUCUCAGAUUCCAGGUUUAGACUAUGUUCUAUUUGUUAAGGGUUCAGGGCCGCAUGUCAUUAACCAUGGUUGUGCGCCUGACAAGCCUCCGAAAGAGAUUAUUGUUAGCAGGAAAUGUGCUGAAGCAGUUCUUAGAGGUGCUCAGGUGUAUGUCCCUGGUGUGAUGGCCUGUAGUGCGCAUGUUGAGAAAGGAGAUGUAGUUGCAGUUUCUGUUGCUGUUGAACAAGCUGGUCUUAAUGGUGGAUGGAGUAUUGGCAUGACACGUGGAACUGUUCUACAAGGAUCACCUACAGAUCCUUACUAUGUUGAACGAGAUGGACUUUAUAUUGGGGAAGGGAAAACGAUGAUGUCAAGGGCUGGGAUCUUCCGUGUCUCAGAAGGACUGGCUGUGGAUAUGAAUAAUCGAGUAUUCAAAUUGCCUUCUUUUCAUGAUGUGCUUGAGGGGGAAAUUUUUCUUCAGAACCUGCCAAGCAUUGUUACUGCUCAUGCACUGGAUCCUCAAAAGGGUGAAAGAGUAUUAGAUAUGUGUGCAGCCCCUGGAGGGAAAACAACUGCCAUUGCUAUCCUUAUGAAGGAUGAAGGAGAGGUUAUUGCAGUUGACAGAUCUCAUAACAAGGUGCUAGACAUUCAGAAAUUGGCUACUGAGAUGGGGUUGAAUUGUAUAACUACAUACAAACUUGAUGCUCUAAAAGCUGUUUGUCGAAGAAAUGAAAAUAAUAUUUCUCUUGGCAAUAGUAAUGGUGUUGUAACUAUUCAAGGUUCUGAAUCAUUGAGGUUCAAUGAUGAGAAUAUAUCAUCUGGUGAUGCUGAAAGAUUAAAAGCUGAUGCAACUUGCACAGAAAAAGUCCGCAAUGAAAAAGCAAAUGAGAGAACUUACGUUAGCAAAGCUGACAUCAGGAAGUAUAUGCGAAGAAUGAAGAAUGGACCAGGUCGAAAUCAGUGUUUGGGUGGGAGGGUUGAUAAUUCUAAAGGUUUUGAUCCUAAUAGUUUUGAUCGCGUCCUGCUUGAUGCUCCCUGUUCCGCUCUUGGUCUGAGACCUCGUCUUUUUGCUGGGGAGGAGACGAUUGAAUCUUUGAGAAACCAUGGCAAGUAUCAAAGGAGAAUGUUUGACCAGGCUGUUCAAUUGGUUCGCCCUGGUGGAGUUAUUGUAUACUCAACAUGUACAAUUAACCCUGGGGAGAAUGAAGCCUUGGUUCGCUAUGCUUUGGAUACAUAUAAAUUCCUUUCUCUAGCAUCACAGAACCCAAGAAUUGGAGGACCUGGGCUGGUGGGUCGUUGUGAAUUUCCUGAUGGAUAUAUCGAGGAAUGGUUAAGACCUGGAGAGGAAGAACUUGUGCAGAGAUUUGAUCCGUCAGCUCCACUAGACACAAUUGGAUUUUUCAUUGCUAAGUUUACUGUCGGCUCCAAAGAUUAGGGUGCUCACGUACAUCAUCUUGUCCACUCAAUCUGUUCAUUUUUAAAUCCGAAUUAUUUCUCGAGUAGAUUUUACCAUACUUUAUUCAUAGUAUAAAUUUAUUCUUGUGUUGAUCUAGUAACAGUAAAUUUCACUUAUUCUAGAUGCUCUUUCUUUGAACCAGAGAUUCAAUUGAUUAUCUAGAGCUUUGACAGGUUUAGGUAUUAUUUUGGUAUCAACAACUAUGAAUGUAUCAGAGAGAAAUUUGGAAAAAA